CUUCUAGCUUUAAGAACAGCAACAUGAUUACCGUACAAAUGAAAACACGAUUUUUUGGCGCCAUAUACCAGAAGACUUAUCCAACAGAACUGCAGGAUCAUAUACGUCAAGACGAGUUUUGUGCGAACGUGGAGGCUCUAAACAAACCACUAAAAACAAGCGCUGUCCGACUUGCUUGGAUCGGCCUUGUUGAGCUUCUUUUGUCUGGGGGGUUUUCCGCCAUGUUAUUCGUCCCGCCGCAAAAUAUCAGCAGAGAUAACGCAGAGAUUAUGAUGUGUCUUGCAAUGGCCAUGUAUUUCAUGUCACAAUUGAUGAUUGGCGAGGAGAGAAAAUGCAUUAUAAGCAAAUUUAACUUUGACGAUAGGCAGCGAGGCAUUAAAUGGAAAUGUAUUAAUGAGUCGGUUUGGCCAUUCUGCAUUAAACGGUUGUCUAUUCUCAUCGAACUCGAUGCUCCCUUGCAUAACGAAAAGGCAAACGAGCUUACCAAAUCUCACAUAGUUUAG